AGUUAAAAGAAUAAUUACACAAAGUGACGAGAGUAUAUUCAGAUUCUCAAAUCUGGAUCUCAUAUCUUCAACCACUUAAGACAAGAGGGGUCAAUAAGUCUCUUGUUUUCAACCCAACCCAAACUUGUUCUUACAAACACUUUCUGUGUUGUUGAUAACCCAACAUGGGUACUGAAAGAACCUCAGAUAUAGAGAUAUCCGAGCCCUUGAUUCAACAUGAUGAUCAUACUGCCAAGAUCAAGGAGCUUGAUCUAGAAAUCAUCCCAGAAUGGCAAGAUCAGAUUACGAUCAGAGGGUUGGUUGUGAGUGCUGUAUUGGGUACUCUGUUUUGUAUAAUCACUCAUAAGCUUAAUCUCACAGUUGGGAUCAUCCCAUCUCUCAAUGUUGCUGCUGGGUUGCUGGGCUUUUUUAUGGUUAAGUCUUGGACUGAGCUUUUGACUAAGUUGGGAUUUUCUGUCAAGCCCUUUACUAGACAGGAGAAUACUGUUAUUCAGACUUGUGUUGUUGCUUGCUAUGGCCUUGCUUUUAGUGGUGGUUUUGGGUCAUAUUUGAUUGCACUGGAUGAGAGAACGUAUAAAUUAAUUGGUGUGGACUACCCUGGUAACCGAGCAGAGGAUGUUAAGAACCCUGGCUUGUUGUGGAUGAUGGGUUUCAUUUUUGUCGUCAGUUUUCUUGGCCUAUUCAGUCUUGUUCCACUUCGCAAGAUAAUGGUCAUGGAUGAUAAGCUUACAUACCCCAGUGGCACCGCAACAGCAAUGCUGAUCAAUAGCUUCCACACGAAUUCUGGAGCUGAGCUUGCAGGGAAACAGGUAAGCUGUCUUGGGAAGUAUUUGAGCAUGAGUUUUUGCUUUAGCUGCUUCAAAUGGUUUUUUAGUGGCAUUGGCGAUUCAUGCGGCUUUGAUAACUUUCCCAGUUUAGGAUUGGCACUGUUCAAAAACACGUUUUAUUUUGACUUCAGUCCAACUUAUGUUGGAUGUGGUCUUAUAUGCUCUCACAUUGUUAAUUGCUCAGUUCUUUUUGGAGCAAUUAUAUCUUGGGGACUACUUUGGCCCUUUAUUUCUCAACAUGCUGGAAAUUGGUAUCCAGCUGACCUAGGCAGCAACGACUUUAAGGGUCUUUAUGGCUACAAGGUCUUCAUAUCUAUUGCUCUAAUUCUGGGUGAUGGCCUAUACAAUUUGACAAAGAUAAUAGCCAUUACUAUCAGGGAAGUGUCUAAGAUCAACAAAAAAGAACAAAAUCUUCCUCUUGUAAAAGAGAUUGCUGACAGUGAGACUUCUAUCUUAUUACUGAAGAAGAAAAAGCAAGAUAUGAUUUUUCUGAAGGAUGGGAUACCAAACUGGUUCGCAGCUUCUGGAUAUGUUGGUCUAGCAGCAAUAUCUAUUACUGUGAUGCCACAAAUAUUUCCACCCCUUAAGUGGUAUCUAGUCCUUUGCGCUUACAUUAUUGCGCCUGCCCUUGCAUUCUGCAAUUCAUAUGGUACUGGGCUCACAGACUGGAGCUUGGCUUCAACAUAUGGGAAGAUAGGUCUUUUUAUCAUUGCUUCAUUGGUGGGACGUGAUGGAGGUGUAGUAGCUGGCCUGGCCUCUUGUGGAGUUAUGAUGUCAAUUGUGUCCACCGCAGCUGAUCUCAUGCAAGAUUUCAAGACUGGGUAUCUUACACUAUCUUCAGCCAAGUCUAUGUUUGUGAGUCAACUAAUUGGAACAGCUAUGGGAUGCAUCAUUGCACCCCUCACAUUUUGGUUGUUUUGGAGUGCUUUCGAAAUUGGGACCCCAGAUAGUCCCUACAAGGCGCCAUAUGCCGUCAUCUUUAGAGAAAUGGCCAUCCUUGGAGUUGAGGGGUUUUCUGAGCUUCCAAAGCAUUGUUUGGCUCUGUGUUGUGGAUUUUUUGUGGCAGCUCUACUCAUAAAUCUGAUAAGGGAUGUGACCCCUACAAAGUUUUCCCAGUUCAUUCCUAUACCAAUGGCAAUGGCAGUUCCAUUUUAUAUCGGAGCCUAUUUUGCAAUCGACAUGUUUGUCGGAACAGUUAUUUUGUUUGUCUGGGAGCGAGUGAAUAGAAAGAGCUCAGAAGAUUAUGCUGGUGCUGUUGCCUCGGGGCUAAUAUGCGGUGAUGGCAUAUGGACGGUACCUUCGGCCGUGCUCUCCAUAUUCAGGAUUGAUCCUCCCAUUUGCAUGUACUUUGGACCUUCAUCAAGUAGCUAAACAUGUCUGCAAUGCGUGAACAUGUAAUUCUUUCUCGAGUAUUAUGGAAGUCUUGUUCAAAGCUGUAAAUAAAAUUUCCUCAGCAAGUAGCUUAACAUGUAUGUUACUCAUGUGCUGCAUGUAAUUCUUUCUUCAAUGUAAUCGGAUGUCUUGUUUAAACUUGUAAAUAAAAUUGUACCAAGUUAAUUUUA